AUGCAGACCCAACCUCAGGCACACCCCUCAGGCCAGGCAGAGAGAGGCUGGCGAGGAGACUCCACCGCCGACAGCAACCAACAUGGCUUCCACCCUGCCGCGGGUCCUCCGGGUGCCCACGGAAUGCUCCCUGGCGGGCGCGGGGCACGCCCGGUGUGCACGUGUGGCGCAGUGCCGGGCCGGAAGCAGCCGUCGCCCGUGUCUCAGAAGAUGCAGAGCAAGCUGCGCUCCAGCCUGUCGGUGAACAGCGACAGCAGCAGGAGGAGUAAGGGGAGCUCCACUGGCUCCCAGAACCCUGGAACCCUGCCCGAGGACUGCUGUGUCCACUGCAUCCUGGCCUGCCUGUUCUGUGAGUUCCUGACGCUGUGCAACAUGGUGGUGGCCCAGGCCUCUUGUGGCACCUGCACCCCCGAGGCCUGCUGCUGCUGCUGCUCCGACGACAUGGGGGACGACUGCAACUGCCCCUGCGACAUGGAUUGUGGCAUCAUGGACGCCUGCUGCGAGUCUUCCGACUGCCUGGAGAUCUGCAUGGAGUGCUGCGGCAUCUGCUUCCCCACUUAGGAGGCCCCUCGUGGGGCCUGGCCGAGGGUCAGGGGUCAGGCUGGAGUUAGGGGCAGGGGCGAUAUCGGGCCGCUGCUGCCAUGGAACCGGUUGGCUUUGUUGCACGUGUAUGAGUGUGUGUGUGUGUGUGUGUGUGUGUGUCUGUGUGUGUGAGUGAGUGAGAAGGAGCCCUAAGAGAGCAGUUUAUUCUCCCCUGCCCCACCUCAUCUCUCCUUACAUGGCCUAGCAGGGACCUAAAGACUCUACAGAUAUUUGCCAAUGUCCUAUACCGCAAGUGUAAACAUAUGAACUUUUAUUUCAGUAUUUGUUGUUUAUAUAUGUUGAUGAAUAUGUAAUCAAUGCUUUACAAAUAUUUCUAACUAUGCCUUUAAUGAUGAAUUCAUAUCUUGCCAUUUCAGGAAUACUGUUUCAGUGAUCUGAUUCAUUUUCACUACCAAAAUAUAUCUUACAUUCACACGUAUACUUUUUAAAUUUUCUUCUUACAAUUGCUUCCUUUAAGUUAGUAAAACGUUUUUUUUUCUUUUCAUUUUGUCAGUACUGUAUGACACUGUAGAAACUUUGUGACAAUCUAACUUUCUUCAACUGUAGUUCAGUCAAGACAAUCACGUAUUAGAUUUGAGCAUUUAUUGUUACAUGACAUGGACAUGUAGAUUUAACUUUGGCGGAGUGGAUGAUCUAAAGGAAGCGCUCCCUGCCUCCUCGAUGCAACACAUCCAUACUUGACAUAUGAGGCAGGGAGCAAUAGAGAUAUAAUCCACCAGGUGAAAAGAACAGACAGACAGCACGGGGGAGAAAGGGGAUGGUGGAGGGCGGCAGCAGCACUGAUCAUACAACAACCGGGGUGAGUGUGUGCGUAUCCGCGCGUCUUUUUAAAGACGCCUUAUCGGCCGUGGCCCAAUGGAUAUGCGCUGCUAACUUGGGUGUGGUAGUGGGCGGAGGAAAGGAAGGUGGAGUAAGACGCCUUACGUCCCCGAUAACUGACGUGCGCUGCCCGAUUGCCCUGCCUGAACUAGCUGCGCUUAUUAGUUGUGUUGGGUUUCUGUGUGCAUGUCAAAGGGGCCCAUAGUUAAGUAUUCUACAACAGUGUGUACAUGCACAAAGUGUUACAUAAGGUCUUACCAUGUAGACUACAAAGCUUGUAGAUAUUGCUCAUGAAUGUAUUGUGUAAACAUUGCAUACUUAAUAAUGCAAAUCAGGCUUUAAAGGGUUAAUCAAAACCAAUACUGUUACUGAAAGUUUUAGACAUUACGUUAUGUAUUCACCAAACAUUAGAUUUAUUGCAGUCUACUGUAGCUUUGCAGACUGUCUUCAACGGCAUCACUUAUUGAAAUCGUUUUUAAUGUGUUGCUGUAUGUUACAAAUGUUUUCGAGUAUUGCAAAUGUUCAUGAUCAGUUCCAGGAUCCUAGCUCCCAACUAGCGAUGCUUAGCAAAGCUAAACUAUCUGGGUUGGUGUUAAGUACUUAACAACUUGGUGUUAAGUAUAUGAACAUUUAAUGGAACACUAAGAUUCAUUCGGACCAUUCCAAUCUCUACUGGAAUUCUAAUCAGAGUAACUGAUUUUUUGACUCUGACUUUAUUUUGCUGAUUUAAUCCCAUUUGCAUAUAGCACUUAUCUCACCUUCAGGAACCAAAGAUGUCUUGCAUGUUAGUGUGCUACAGUGAAAAUCCAGUUUAACUGCAGACAAUCAUGACUUUCUCUUUUUACUGAUGGUACGAUUCAGCACUGCGUGGUGUUGUUAGACCUCCUUGUGUUAGUGAUACUCUUCAGGGUAACUGGUUAAGCCACACAACACUUUAGGUGGACAAAGUUGUACCACAUUGACCCAAGCUCCCUAUAAGCUUCUUUGGGAUUACAAGUGAAUGACUCACAACACAAUAAGGACUCACAAACUGUCAGACCACAAACCUGGUAAACGAAUGCAGGGUAAAAAAAGACAGUUUUAUUAUUUUCUUUAUUUCCUUCUUAAUUCUGUGUAUCUGGAGAUGAGUUUGUGUCUGUGAUUCACCCGACCCAACUGAGUCCUUUUCCCACUCAGUCUCUGAGAUUUGCUUUGAUGUUGUUUAAGUGAUGAUACUUAAUAACGGCUCUCAUUAGCGGUGCUCGCUAAAUGGUAGAACUGUCCCUUCUUCACGCCAUCAAAGAUAAUGUGCUGUCAAGUCUCCCAGCUCUAAUGGUGGCUUGUUAUUGUAUGUAAAGAACUCACUCUCAUCAGGAGCAGAUAAUGUUUAUUCGCUCUCCGUAGAAAACUAAGCCUCUUUUUGCGUUCCUAUGAUUAACUCUGCCUCAAGUUGGUGUAUGUCAGGAAAUAGCCUAAGAAACAGGAAAAACACUAUUUAGAUAAUGUGAAGAAUUUAUCUCCAAGCACGUGUUCGUGUAUCUAUUGUUUUCUGACUUUCUUUUUUUGACGCUGUCCUCUUGGGUGAAAGGAGACUGUCUCUGACUCAUCCUCUUUCAUGUCUCUUCACUGCAUUUAGCAAACGACAAACUCUGUUGGUUGUGAAACAUUAAUAAAAAAUAAAAAAACUUUUUGGGAAAUAAACAUGAAA